AUGGAAAAUAAAUUAAAUGAUGCGAAGGCUCGCAAGAACAAGGCCAGUGGACUAAAGCCAUCGACAAGAGGUAAAAGCGAAAAAGACCAGAAUACCACCCAGAAAGAAAAAAAAAAAAGUGAAUGUGUUGGUAGCAAAGGGUUCAGCUCCGGGCCCCAAACUAGCAAUAAAAAUGAACAUAUUGAUAACAAGGGUACAGGCCCAAGAUAUGAACAAGAAGUCUCAGAUUGGGAUGCAAUCUGUACAGCAGCAUGCCUUCUACAUGAUGUGAGGGGUAUUCGUAAUGAAUUAACCAUUUUUCGAGCCCUGGUAGUUCAGCAAAAAUUGGCAUGGGAUGGUCUACUCUCGAAAGGCUUUUUGAAGGCUAGCGACACAGAUGGCCCUGAUUAUAUUCUUCGAGAGCUUGACAGAAUGUGUGGAAUGACAGAUAACAUCAAAAAAUCUGUCCUUGAUAUUCUCAGCCUUGAGCAAAGUAGUAUUGGCAUCACAGAAGCAAUGGAGGCGAGUGAGCAAAGUGAACAGGCUAUGAAGCAAAGUGAACAAUCUAUGAAGCAAAGUGAACAGUCAAUAAAGCAAGGGAAAACCCUUAUGGUGUUUACAAUAGUGACAAUUGUCUUUACCCCAAUGUCCUUUCUCACAUCACUGUUUGCCCUGAACACAUCAGCCUUUCCACAUGAUGGCCACGGAAAUCUCUUCUAUCAUUCAUCGUGGAUAUUUCCAAUGAUAUGCAAGUUUGUUCUCAGCCAGCUUUCAUCUUGA